AUGAUACAUUUUGACUCCAUAGGAUUCUCCACGUGGGAGAAGAAUGAAAACCUCGUGCAAUCAAGCAGGAAGUACAGGGAAGAUGACACCAAUGACCUACUUAAGGCAGAUGAAAUAGAUUCUGAAAAGAAAUACGGGUCAGAAGACAAGGGGAGUGAGCAGUCUCUCUGGAAACAUGGAGCCAAGCAGCAGAAAAUGAGCACCCUGGGGAAGACAAUGGCACAAGAAAGCUUCUGGGAGGAAGAGAUUGGGGCAAAGGGAGACACUGCAGUCCAGAUGUCUCAGGCACUUGGCUUAAACACAGACAAAGACAUUCAUCAAGGCUUCCAAAGUCUGCUCAGUAACUUGAACAAGCCCAACAGAAAAUACUUGCUUAGAAUGGCCAACAGGCUCUUUGCAGAAAGCACUUGUGAAUUCCUCCCAACCUUUAAGGAGUCCUGUCUUCAGUUCUACCACUCAGAGCUGGAGCAGCUGUCCUUCGUCAAAGCAGCAGAGGAGUCCCGGAAACACAUCAACACGUGGGUCUCCGAACAGACUGAAGGGAAAAUUCCAGAGUUGCUGUCGAGUGGCUCAGUUGAUUCUGAGACCAGGCUGGUUCUUGUCAACGCCUUAUAUUUCAAAGGAAAGUGGCAAAAAGAGUUUGACAAAGAACGCACAAGGGAAAUGCCCUUUAAAAUAAACCAGAGGGAGACAAGACCAGUGCAGAUGAUGUAUCAGAAAGACGUAUUUAAACUUGCCUAUGUGAAAGAAGUUGAGGCAAAGAUGCUGGUGAUGCCCUAUGAUGGCAUGGAGCUGAGCUUGAUAGUCCUGCUCCCAGUUGAUGGUGUGGACCUCAGCAAGGUGGAAAACAAUCUCACUUUUGAGAAGUUAAUGUCUUGGACCAAACCAGACUUUAUGAGGAGCACUAGAGCUGAGGUUUUACUUCCAAAAUUUAAACUGCAAGAGGAUUAUGACAUGAAGUCUGUGUUUCAGCACUUGGGAAUGGUGGAUGUCUUCCAAGAGGGCAAGGCCGAUUUAUCAGGAAUGUCUCUGGAGAGAAACUUGUGUGUGUCUGAGUGUGUUCACAAGAGUGUUGUGGAGGUGAAUGAAGAAGGCACCGAGGCUGCAGCCUCCACCAUGGUAAAUAUAUGCUGUUAUUCAUCUGGUGGUGACCCAAGGUUUUGUGCUGACCACCCCUUCCUUUUCUUCAUCAGGCACAAUGAAACCAAUACCCUCCUGUUCUGUGGCAGGUUCUCUUCUCCAUAAAGACACAUUUACUAUGUGGGAAACAGUUCCCUAUUCAAUCUAUUCUAUCUUGACAGCUCUUACAACCCUGUGAGAAUGGACAUAUAGGUUGAACUCAUGUUCCAAGAUGAGGGCACUUUCCCCCUUUCAACCUGAUCUUAUGAUGCCCAUAUUCCUCUUCCCUAUCCUGAUAUUCAUCAGUGCCCUUUGCCAGGUCAUAGGAUCACAGAGUGGUUGUGUUUCUGGUUGUGUAAACAACAAAGGAGGCAAACAAUUCCCUCAAGAGAGCCUACAAAGUUCUUUAAGGUGACCCUAAAUAAAUGCCCACUCACUGCACAGACAAUCCAUGCCAGCUUUAUAUACUGUUUUUCUCAAC